GUCAGUAUUUCUUAAGCGUUCAAGGUGUUCCGUGCUUAUCACCACUCUCACAUUCAUAUGAAGAUAUUCUACAUUCUGGCUAUCCUGCUCGCCCUGGGUGUUGUUAACGGUGAUGUUCACGUGGAUGAUACCGAGAAGAUCUUUUCCGACAUGAUGAUGAAUAGGCAGGCCGAUAAUGGCGGUCAUGUAUCCGACUUCGACCAGAAACAAGACUCGCCUAACAACCUUGGAGAGCCAUUUUCUUGUGCUGCGUGUAAAACCUGCAAGACACUGAGGUAUGUUCCGGCUAUCUGCUGGGGAGUAUAUCUUGGGUGUGGCGGUAACUGCCACCAACAUUGUUGUUGACUGCGGUAAUUGUUGGGAUCAUCCCAAUGGGAUGGAUAUAUUUGAUGUUUUUGCCCGACCAACAAGCCAGGUGUAGUGUACACCGUGUACAUCUCCCAUACAUGUUCAGACAUGACUUUAUAUCUCGACCCAUUUUCAUUUCCUCAGCUAGAAUUUCAGUCGCGUCGGUCCAAGAAAGUUAUCUGAUGCAAAACUAGUUUCGUUGUCAGCCUCAGGAUGCCAUCCCUGGUCACGGCUAUCUUUAAGGUCGUGCGGCACAGUGUUGCUGAGGAUGCAUCACGAGAUGACCCACAUUGGUUUAGCAUGUCGUCGAGUCUUUUUUGUAUUAACCUUGUCCCUGCUGAUAUGUGCUGUAUGCGCCACCGUUGAUGGCUUGCGUAUAGCUAUCGACGCUUCAUAGAUCGCUCUGUCGUGUCCCACCAUAGUAUGGAUUCCAUACCCUUCAGAGGUCUAUUUGGUGGAUAAAGUGGCUAUGUUCGCGGAUAAAUUAUUUACAUACAGGGUUAUGAACAC